GUAAGUUCUUUUGACUUCUUAUAAAAACCCUAGAAGUUUGUUAGUUCUUUAUUCAGUAUCAAAAUUAAUUUUAACAAGAUACUACCUGUUCUAUAAUAAGAAAAAUGGAAACAAUAUACAAUGAAAUUGAAAAGGUCUGGAGCACUCCGGAUCUUGACAUCGAACACCGAGGACUUGGUGAAGCUAUUUUAAGGAACUUAAAAGAAGACAACCAAGACAGAAUCUUCGAAGUGUUUUAUGAUAAAAGGAUAGCGUUAAAAGUUGGUGAUGUUCGUCAACAAACAAUAAAAGUUGCACAGAACUUGCAACGGAUCGGGCUGAAGAAAGGUGAUACAGUCGUAAUUUACUCAAUGUUGAACGAAAAGAUUACUCCAAUAAGUUUUGGUUGUUUUACUAUUGGAGCGCCAGUAAAUUAUUUCGAGACACAUUUUGAAGGAGAUGACAUCAAUGAAUUUCUUGAGAAAAUUGAUCCAGUUCUUAUAGUCUUUGAGGAAACAUAUCGAUCAGCACUUUUUACAGCCAUUUCCAAUUCGAACUUACCAAACUUGAAACAUAUUCUCAGUCUUGACUCUGUUAGUCCCUCAAUAGAAGAAGUUCUAUUUCAAGAUUGUGGAAGUAUUGAUACCUUCGAAGUUCCAAAAAUCGAAAACCCAACAAGACAUCCAGCUCUUUUAUUACUAACAUCAGGUACAACAAGAUUACCCAAAAUCAUGGCUCUUUCACAUGCAGUGAUGAUGGAAGGCAUAUACUCGUGGUGGAAUAUUGAAGCUGGAAUGAAAAUCUUCCCAGCAAGUCCAGUUCGAUGGAUAAGUCAAGCGUCAUUAUUGUUGCAACCGGCAUUUUUUGAUGUCCAAAGGGUCUACACGUCUCAAAUCCCGUCUGGAGAAUUGGGAAGAGAUAUUAUUGAUACCUAUAAAAUCACUCAUUUCGUGAGUGCUCCUGCAAAUUAUCCACCAAUUCUCAAGGCAGCUGAAUUAUCUGGUAACCCUGAGAGUUUGAGUUCAUUGAAAAUAGCUGCAGUUGGUGGUGAAGUAGUUUCAAAAGUUUUUAUAGAUAUUAUGUCAAAAGCACUGCCAAAAUGCAGGCCAAUAAAAUGCUAUGGAAUGACUGAAUUUGGUGGUUUGGCAGCUACAGACCAAGAUAUCGAUAAAAAAGGCGUUAAUGGAGGGGCUUUGAAGAAAGGUUUUAUGACAAAAAUUGUAGAUGAGAAUCAAAAUUCUUUAGGACCCAACGAAAGGGGUCAGCUGCUUAUGAAGAGAAUUUCACUACCUUAUCUCAAGUAUUGGAAAAAUGAUAAAGCCAAUGAGGAGAACUUUGUGGAAGGAGGAUGGUUAAAAACUGGUGACUAUGCGUACAUGGAUUCGGAUAACCUCUUGAAUAUUGUAGGUCGGUGUAAGGAUUUACUGCGAUCAGGUGGAAAUAUUAUAGUUCCGGUCUCAAUAGAAACCGUUUUAGGAAGUCAUCCAAAUGUACAGCUUUGUGCACUUAUUGGUCACCCUAACUCCGACGGUUCAAAUGAUAAAAUAGGAACUAUUUUUGUUGCUCUAAGAAGAAGUGCAGACUCGGAAAAAAUCGAAGACGAUUUGAGGAACCUUCUUGAGGCGAAAUGUACAAGGGAAGAAGUACAAGUAGUUCGGCACAUUAAAGUGCUUUCUGAAAUGCCACUGACAACUUGUGGCAAGAUUAAUCGAGCCAUUCUCGCUGAGAUGGCCCAAAGCAGCAAAAACAACUGAUUUAUAGGAGUAGGAUUAUACAUAAUAUGUUGAAUAAGGUGUAAAUAAAAAUAAGUUUUAAU